CGGGUCUCUCCAUUCUCUACACCAGGAGGUGUUAUGAGCUCGCCACGACCCUGAAGCUUUAAAUCCUGUGUGAUGCCGAGCUACAUCGGUGGAUACCCGUCGAUGUGACCGUCUUUUCUCAUAUAAGUGGACAUGUUCAAGUGCGCAACCAUGCAAACAAGACCACAGCUCGUAUCCACAGCCUCUCGACGGCUCGCAGCCGCCUCGAGGGGCGCACUGCAGCUUCGCCAGUUCCCCCGAGUUAGCGGCGCAACGUUCCCACGGCUAGUGACGCUGACUGACGCUUUGCACCUAUCUCCCACCGUCGCAACUCGGUUCUAUUCGAACGGCCGACCACACCCGCCUGGCGGCACCCAUCGCAUGAACCUCGGGGGUGAACCGGAGAAGCCAGCGUUGGAGCAAUACGGAAUUGACCUGACAGCGAAAGCAAAGGCAGGCAAACUGGAUCCCGUCAUUGGCAGGUCGGCCGAGAUCCAGCGAACAAUACAGAUCCUGUCGCGCAGAACGAAAAACAACCCGGUUCUCAUCGGCAGCGCCGGUGUCGGCAAGACCGCGGUGCUCGAAGGGUUGGCUCAGGAGAUCGUGCGCGGGGCCGUCCCGGAGAGUAUCAAGAACAAGAGGGUCAUAUCGCUGGAUCUCGGCUCUCUGAUUGCUGGCGCCAAAUUUCGGGGCGACUUCGAAGAGCGACUGAAGAAGGUGCUGAGCGAAGUCCAGCAAGCGAACGGCGAGGUCAUCCUGUUCAUCGACGAGCUCCAUACACUCCUAGGCUUGGGAAAGGCGGAGGGUUCCAUUGACGCAUCGAAUCUUUUGAAGCCUGCGCUUUCCCGAGGCGAACUACAAUGCUGCGGCGCCACCACUCUCGCCGAAUACCGCCAGAUCGAAAAGGAUGUCGCGCUGGCCCGGAGGUUUCAGCCCAUUCUCGUCGGCGAGCCCACCGUACAAGAUACCAUUAGCAUUCUUCGCGGUAUCAAGGACAAAUACGAGGUCCACCACGGUGUACGUAUCACCGAUGGAGCUCUUGUCGCCGCCGCGACCUAUUCAAACCGUUACAUCACCGACCGCUUCCUCCCCGAUAAAGCAAUCGACUUGAUGGACGAAGCGGCUAGCUCGCUGCGACUCCAGCAAGAGAGCAAACCCGAAGAUAUCCAACGCCUCGACCAGAGGAUCAUGACGAUCCAGAUUGAGCUCGAGAGUUUGCGGAAAGAGAAGGAUAUUGCAAGCAAAGAGCGGAGGGAGAAGCUCGAGGCCGAUCUGAAGAAGUGCCAGGAGGAGGUGCAGGAGUUGAACGAGAAGUGGGAGAAAGAAAAGGCCGAGAUCGAUGCUAUCAAGCAGACCCAAGCCGAGCUCGACAGGGCCCGGAUCGAGCUGGAGCGGGCGCAGAGAGAGGGCAACUUCGCCAAAGCGUCUGAGCUGAGAUUCGGCACCAUUCCGGCCCUCGAGCAAAAGCUGCCAAAGGAUGGCGAGAAGCCGGAAGGCGAGGGCACGCUGAUCCACGACUCGGUGACAGCCGACGACAUUGCCAACGUUGUCUCAAGGAUUACCGGAAUUCCGAUAUCCAAGCUGACGAGCGGGCACACGGAAAGGUUGAUACACAUGGAGGAUAUCCUGCGGGAGUCUGUGCGCGGUCAGGAUGAAGCGCUCAAGGCGGUUGCCGAUGCGGUCAGGAUGCAGAGAGCCGGUCUUAGUGGGGAGAACCGGCCUCUCGCGUCGUUCUUCUUCCUCGGCCCUACCGGUGUCGGUAAGACAGAGCUGUGCAAGAAGCUAGCGGGCUUCCUGUUCUCCACAGAAUCCGCCGUUGUUCGUUUCGACAUGAGCGAGUUUCAGGAGAAGCACACAAUUUCACGUCUCAUUGGCGCUCCCUCCGGCUACGUGGGCUACGAGGAUGCCGGCCAGCUCACCGAGGCAGUGAGGCGGAAGCCCUAUGCGGUCCUCCUUUUUGACGAGUUCGAGAAGGCGCAUCGCGACAUCUCGGCACUCCUGCUCCAGGUCCUGGAUGAGGGCUAUCUUACCGACGCGCAAGGCCACAAGGUCGAUUUCAAGAACACCAUCAUUGUCUUGACGUCGAACCUUGGCGCCGACAUCCUCGUUGGUGCCGAUCCUAUCCACCCAUACAAGGAGACAGAGGAUGGCGAUAUUCACCCGGAUAUCAAGAGGGCAGUCAUGGAUGUGGUCGCGUCGCAGUACCCUCCCGAGUUCCUCAACAGAAUCGACUCCUUCAUUGUCUUCAAGCGCCUCUCCCUCCAGGCAUUGAGGGAUAUCGUCGAUAUCCGCCUCAAGGAGCUCCAGGAACGCCUGGAUGACCGUCGCAUCACACUUGUUGUGUCUAACGACGUCCGGCAGUGGCUGGCCGAGAGAGGCUAUGACCCGAAGUUUGGCGCCCGCCCGCUCAAUCGUUUGAUUACUACGCAGAUUGGCAACGGCCUUGCAGAUAAGAUUAUCCGCGGAGAGCUCCGGACAGGAGAGACCGCUGUUGUUGAGAUGAACGAGGACAAGAGCGGCCUGGUCAUCCGGAGUCAGCAUAGCGCUGCGCAGGAAGCUGAAGCUUCGUCAUGAUGGCAAUGAGUUAAGGUAUGUAUUAUUUUGUAACAUUGACGAGUGUAUCAUAUCAUACAUGUAUGUAUAUAUCAUGACCAUCACCGCUACAUCAUAGAGGAAACAUGUGACAGGAGUCAAGCCAUGGUUCACGAACACAUUCAAGGAAGGGGUAUAUGAAUAGCGUAGUCAAUAUUAGACUGUAUCUAACUUAACAUCCUGUACUGCAUACUAUACUACAAAACAUUGGACACCUG